UUUCCUUGGAACACUGCUCUGGGAUCUUUGUCUCCCUUAGGCUCCUGGGCAUCAUGCCUUGUUCUAAGCAGCCUAAUCACUUCCAGAGUCUGAGUCUUCUGCACUGGCCCUUGAGCUACCUUGCCAUCUUUUGGAUCUUGCAGCCAUUGUUCAUUUACCUGCUGUUUACAUCCUUGUGGCCACUGCCAGCAUUUUACUUUGUCUGGUUGUUCUUGGACUGGAAGACCCCAGAGCAAGGUGGCAGGCGUUCGGCCUGGGUAAGGAACUGGUGUGUCUGGACUCACAUCAGGGACUAUUUCCCCAUUACAAUCCUGAAGACUAAAGACCUGCCACCCCAGCACAACUACCUCAUGGGGGUUCACCCUCAUGGUCUCCUGACCUUCGGAGCCUUCUGUAACUUCUGCACAGAGGCCACAGGCUUCUCGAAGACCUUCCCGGGCAUCACUCCUCAUUUGGCCACACUGUCCUGGUUUUUCAAGAUCCCCCUUGUCAGGGAUUAUCUCAUGGCCAAAGGUGUGUGCCCUGUGAGCCAGCCAGCCAUCGACUACUUGCUGAGCCAUGGCACUGGCAACCUCGUGGGCAUUGUAGUGGGAGGAGUGGGAGAGGCCCUGCAAAGUGUGCCCAACACCACCACUCUCAUCCUCCAGAAGCGCAAGGGGUUUGUGCGUACAGCCCUCCAGCAUGGGGCUCAUCUGGUCCCAACCUUCACAUUUGGAGAAACUGAGGUGUAUGACCAGGUGGUAUUCCAUCAGGACAGCAGGAUGUACAAAUUCCAGAGCUUCUUCCGCCGUAUCUUUGGUUUCUAUUUUUGUGUCUUCUAUGGACAAGGCUUCCGUCAAGGCUCCCUUGGGCUCCUACCAUACAGCCGGCCUAUUGUCACAGUGGUUGGUGAGCCUCUGCCACUUCCCCAAAUUGAAAAGCCAAGCCAGGAGAUAGUGGACAAAUACCACACACUCUAUAUGGAUGCACUGCACAAACUUUUUGACCAGCAUAAGACCCAAUAUGGCUGCUCAGAUGCACAGAAGCUGCUUUUCUUGUAA